CCAGGGAGAGGUCCGCUUGGCAAAAGCUGGGACAGAGGAGGUGGUGGUACAAACUCCCAGGGCAGUUGAACUCCAGGGCGCCGAGGCUUCCUCUGGUCAGGACUACAUUUCCCAGUGGCCCCCGCGAGCACUGGGCCCGUUGCCCCUUUGUGUCCUCCGGAGGCCGAGUCGCCUCUUUCCGGGCCCGCGGAGGCUGGGUUCCAUCGAUUCAGGCCGGGAGGUGGGCCCGAGGAGAGGUUACGCGAGCCUUCCGGGCUGGGACCUGGUCUUCCGGCAGUUCGGUUCUGCAGGACACUGCCAUUCCCCAGGAGAAGAGUCAAGGGGACUAAAGAAUGGCUGUUGGACUUCUUAAAGCCAUGUACCAGGAGUUGGUGACCUUCAGAGAUGUGGCUGUAGACUUCUCCCAAGAGGAGUGGGAUUGCCUAAAUCCUUCUCAAAGGCAUCUGUACAGUAAUGUGAUGUUGGAGAACUACAGGAUCUUGGUAUCACUGGGACUUUGCUUUUCUAAACCAAGUGUGAUAUUAUUGUUGGAACAAGGGAAGGAGCCCUGGAUGGCGAAGAGAGAGAUGACAAAAGACUUGUACUCAGAUUGGGAAUCUAUGUGUGAGACUGAAGAAUUAACCCCAAAGCAGGACAUUUAUGAACCACAAUCAUCUCAGAAGGUAAUAGAAAAACUUACAAGCUAUGGCCUUGAGUACUCCAGUUUGAAAGAAGAAUGGAAAUGUGAGGGCCAUCUUGAAGGGCAACCAAUGAAUCAGAAAGCAUGUUUCAAGGAAGAGACAAUCACUCAUGAAGAAGUCCCUGUUGAUGAAAAAGUACAAGAAUAUAACAAAACUUGGAGAAGUUUCCAUUCCAACACACUAUUUCAUACACAUCAGAUAAUCCCCAAAGAGGAGAAAAUACAUAAACAUAACACACAUAAAAGCUUUAAAAAAAAAUUAGUUGGCAUUAAGCCCAAGAGUAUCUACACAGAGAAGAAACUUUUGAAAUGUAAUGACUGUGAAAAAGUUUUCAGCCAGAGCUCAUCCCUUACUCUUCAUCAAAGAAUUCAUACUGGAGAGAAACCCUAUAAAUGUGUAGAAUGUGGGAAAGCAUUCAGCCAGAGAUCAAAUCUUGUUCAACAUCAGAGGAUUCAUACUGGAGAAAAACCUUAUGAGUGUAAGGAAUGUAGGAAAGCCUUCAGUCAGAAUGCACACCUCGUUCAACACCUGAGAGUUCAUACUGGAGAAAAACCUUAUGAAUGCAAAGUGUGUAGGAAAGCCUUCAGCCAGUUUGCUUACCUUGCUCAACAUCAGAGAGUCCAUACUGGAGAGAAACCCUAUGAAUGUAUUGAAUGUGGGAAAGCAUUUAGCAAUAGAUCAUCUAUUGCUCAACACCAGAGAGUUCAUACUGGUGAGAAACCUUAUGAAUGUAAUGUCUGCGGGAAAGCAUUUAGCCUUCGUGCAUACCUUACUGUACAUCAGAGAAUACAUACUGGAGAGAGACCCUAUGAAUGUAAGGAAUGUGGGAAGGCUUUCAGCCAGAAUUCACACCUUGCUCAACAUCAGAGAAUUCAUACUGGAGAAAAACCUUAUAAAUGUCAGCAAUGUAGGAAAGCAUUCAGCCAGAUUGCCUACCUUGCUCAACAUCAGAGAGUUCAUACUGGAGAGAAACCCUACGAAUGUAUUAAAUGUGGGAAGGCUUUUAGCAAUGAUUCAUCCCUUACUCAACAUCAGAGAGUUCAUACUGGAGAGAAGCCUUAUGAAUGUAAUGUUUGUGGAAAGGCUUUUAGUUACUGUGGAUCCCUUGCCCAACACCAGAGAAUUCAUACUGGAGAGAGACCCUAUGAAUGUAAGGAGUGCAAGAAAACUUUCAGGCAGCAUGCACAUCUUGCUCAUCAUCAGAGAAUCCAUCUUGGGGAGUCACUCUCACCACCCAAUCCAGUCAAUCACCAAGUCCUGUAGACUAUUUCAUAAAUACUUUUGGAAUUUAUACUCUCUCCAUCUCUAAUAUUGCCAUCCUAGUUUAAGACUCGUCUCAUAUGGAUCACUCUAUAGCUCUCUCUUUUUUUUUUAAUUUUUUAAAUUAUGAAAGUAUGAUAACACAUUUACAGGAGACUUGGAAAAUACAAAACAAAGUUAUAUAGUCCCACUAUAUAUUACAAUUAUUUUUUUAAGUAGAUAAAUUAAGAUUUUUAGUUGGAGUUUCAAUAUCAAACUCUCAAAAAUUAAUAGAGUGAAUAGGCAGAAAAGUAGAAGGAUAUAGUAGAAUAGAAAAGCACUGUGAACCAAUUCAACAUAAUUAAGAUUCAUAUAAUUUUCACACAACAGUAGGAUACAAGUUCUAUUGAAGUUCCCAUAGACUAUAAACCAAGAGACUCUGUAACAUAUCCAGGGAUGUAAAAUGAGGUGCAAAAGUUUCGUGGUCUAAAAGUUUUGAAAUCAUACAGAGUCUGUUCUCUUAUCACUGUGGAAUUAUGUUAGGAAUCAAUAUCAGAAGAUAUUUGAAAAUAACCUACACAAAAAAGAAAAAAUAACCUAUACAUUUUCAAGUGUAAUGUGAUAUUUACAAAGAGAGAUCUUUGACUUAGCCAUCAAAAGCCUCAAUGAAGUUAAAAGAUUAGAAAAACACAGAGGGUGAUUGCAGAGAAGAAAGCAUGUAAAUGAGAAUAUCAAAAUUAGAAAUUAAUAUCAAGGAUACUUUAAAAAACCCAUGUAUUUGGAAAUUAAAUGAUGACUUUUAAAUGAUGGGUGUAUCUAAGAAACCAUAAUAAGGAAAAUUAGAAAAUAUUUGUAACAAUAAAAAUGAAAAGAAUUUAUCAGAAUUUGUUUCAUGCUCAAUGCAACUAAAUACAAUGUGGAAUCUUGAGUAAGAUAUGAAGACUAAUAAUGGACUCUAGCAUAAAAUUUUGUGAAAUUUGAACCAAAUCUAUAGUUACUGUAUCACAUGUUAAUUUCUUUUUGGUUGUUUGUUUUUUUUAACAACAUAGUAUUUCUUUAUAUUCUCAGAGUUUCAAGCAUUC